GAGCAGUUCUAAGUUUAGUUGGUUUUGUUGCGCUUAAUGGUUUUCCAACUUUGGGUCGGUUAAUAGGAUCAUGUCGUCAUUUCGGUGUGUUUAUUGACUUAAGCCGAUGUGACUUAAGUCGUUUGGUGUAAUUGUUUUGUGUUUUCGCAUUGGCGAAGUGUGCCGUAGUUUGUUUAUCCGUCCGCUCGUGGUAUACAGUAGUGGUAGAAAUAGACUUGUAGUUAAGAACAGAACAGAAGUCGCAUCUCGCCCACGCCAGACGUCGUCUGCGUCCGUAGUACUCCUCAGAGAGUGCCAGAGUAAAGUCAGAGAGUAAAUCGCAGCCUAUUGUCCGCGCGUGUCAACCUUUAUUUUCAUUCAUAAACCCGCAUGUUUCGAAAAUGCGGUCCUUCCGAGGGAUUAAACCCGGCCAGUUUUGAGCGGAGCUAGAGGAGUGCGGAGUGAUCUUGGACCGAAAUAGAAGUGAUUUUGUGCACUCUGGACGAUUUGCGACCGAUUCUGAUGGAGACAUCAUGAUCCUCAAUAUUUGGUACCUCUUCGCCUUUGCGACUUGCACCAAGGCACUGAUAUCAAACCCACACACAUCUUCAAAUCAAACCGAAGACAAUGCGCCAUAUUUUACAAAACGCAACUUACCUGUUCUAGUAUCAGGAAGGCAAGGCCAAUCUAGUAUACUUAAAUGUGGGGCUAAAGGUACCCCAAAACCCCAGAUUUCAUGGUACAAAGGCACCAACCUCAUCACCCAAAGCAAUAAAAAGUAUCACCUCAUUCACCAAAACCUUAAAAUCCUAAACCUCCAAUCUGAAGACAACGGUUUGUACAAAUGUCUUGUUUGUAACGAAGUCAGCUGCAUCCAUCACAAUUACAACCUCGUUGUUGAACCAUUUUAUGCAAAAAGUUUUGCUAACAAUGAUCUCGAAGAAAAAACCACUUCCGAUUCCUUUCGGACCCAAAAAGUGAAGCUACACUUUCGUAGACCGAAUAAAAUGCCGAAAACAUUAUCAGUACGGAUCAAUAGACGAGUAAUUUUAAAUUGUAGAACGUUUGGAACUCCUAGUCCUACUAUAUCCUGGUACAAAAAUGGCGAAGCAUUGGCGAAAAGUCGGAGAAAAAUUGUUCAAAGUCGGUGGUCAAUGCUCGUAAAAAACUUCAAUCGAGGAGAUUCAGGAAAUUAUACUUGUGUGGCUUGCAAUUCUAUGGAUUGUAUCAAUCACACGUUUACUUUAUCGACGAAGGAACUUUGUGGUUCCAAUGCUAUUUAUUCAAAAAAAUCCGCUGUAGUUUCGGGUUCUAAUGUAACUCUAGCCUGCAGAGCGGGGGCGGCUUGGGUAAGGACGUACCCAAAUGGCACAAAUCAGGUCAUCAAAAAUAAUACCAGGUGCCUCAAUAUUGACAAUAUAUCUCAGGAAGACGAAGGGUGGUACAGGUGUCAAAGAGUUAGCUGGUAUUUAACGGUUAUAGAUAGUGAAGAGGAGGAGAACACUGUGCCUGCAUCCUCUCUUCGGAAAAAACGUGAAACGGAGAAGAAAGCCCCCUAUUGGGUGAACCCGAAAAAAAUGUCCAAAAUGCAGGUGAAACCAGCUGGUAACAUGGUGAACCUCAAAUGCAAAGCUGGGGGUAACCCAACUCCCAACAUCACUUGGUACAAAGACGACAAGCCUCCAAACCGCCAGUUGGGCGAUAUUCGGUACCAACACUGGAGCUUGACUUUGGAGGACCUCGUCACUGGUGACACCGGUGACUACACUUGUGUAGUGUGCAACGAACUGGGUUGUAUUAAUUUUACGUACAGAGUUGACGUUAUCGAACGUUUCCCGUCAAAACCAUAUAUUAAAGAUGGUUAUCCGCAAAACCUCACAGUUUUGGUAAACACCAACGCGACAUUUGAGUGUCCUCAAAUGAUCGCGGAUCUAGAACCGUUUAUACAAUGGGUGCGAUACAACGAAUCGGAAAAUUACGAAAAUUUCACUAAUUAUAACAAAAGCGUUUUAAAGAAAAGUGGCGACACUGACAGCCCUGAAGUGUACGAAAUAAAAAAUGUAACUUAUCAAGACGAGGGCUGGUACGUAUGCAUUGCAGCUAAUAGCUUAGGCCAAACGGCCUCAAAAGGAUAUCUAAAAGUUGUAGAUAGCUUAGAAGUUGAACCAAAAAAUAAUUACAUUGUCUACACUGCUCUGAUCAUUUUCUUUACAAUAAUUGCCUUUGGAACCCUGGUCCUACUAUUCUUUAGAAAGUUGAAGAUUGAAAAGCAGAAAAAAAUGAUUGAUAUCGAAACAGUUCGUGCAGCUGUUGUAACUCAAUGGACUAAGAAAGUUAUUAUUGAAAAAAUACAAAACACCAACGAGGAUGUCUCCGAACCUUUGUUAAUGCCGGUCGUUAAAAUAGAAAAACAAAAAAGUCAAAACAACAAUUCCGGAGACGGAAUGAUCUCUGAGUAUGAGCUACCAAUGGACUCCGACUGGGAAAUUCCAAGAUCAAUGCUUUGUCUCGGGAAAAGUUUAGGCGAGGGAGCUUUUGGUAAAGUAGUCAAAGCUGAAGCUGUAGGUUUGCUCAAACCUGGGGCAUCAAGUAUAGUCGCGGUAAAAAUGUUGAAAGAGGGUCACACUGACAACGAAAUGAUGGACUUGGUGUCGGAAAUGGAAAUGAUGAAAAUGAUAGGCAAACACAACAAUAUUAUUAAUUUGCUGGGCUGUUGUACCCAGGGUGGGCCCUUAUACGUUGUGGUAGAAUACGCUCCUUAUGGCAACUUGAGGGAUUUUCUUCGCCAACACAGACCAUCAUCUGGUUACGAACCAGCGAUCGGACUUGAAGAAAAAGAGAAGAAAACCUUGACUCAGAAAGAUUUGGUGUCUUUUGCCUAUCAGGUGGCACGAGGAAUGGAAUAUUUGGCAUCGCGACGAUGUAUUCAUCGAGAUUUAGCUGCGCGGAACGUUUUAGUGAGCGAUGACUAUUUUUUGAAAAUUGCUGACUUUGGCCUGGCCCGGGACAUCCACUGUAACGAUUAUUACAGAAAAACAACCGAUGGUCGACUUCCGGUUAAAUGGAUGGCGCCCGAGGCCCUUUUCCACAGGGUGUACACCACCCAGUCAGACGUUUGGUCGUACGGCAUCCUGCUGUGGGAGAUAAUGACACUUGGAGGUACUCCAUAUCCGUCUGUCCCGAGUGUCGAAAAACUCUUCCAGCUGUUACGUAAUGGGCACCGUAUGGAAAAGCCGCCCUGUUGUUCGUUGGAAAUUUACAUGUUGAUGCGCGAAUGUUGGAGCUACAAACCGAACGAAAGGCCCACUUUUUCGCAACUGGUGGAGGACCUUGACAGAAUUUUGACAAUCACAGCGAAUGAAGAGUACCUAGAUUUGGGGCUCCCCCAAUUGGACACUCCUCCAUCGAGCCAGGAAUCGAGCGGCGACGAGGAGGAUUUCCCUUUCGAUAGUCUAACUAGUCAGUGUCUCAAUAACGUGCAGCUUUCGUGAUUGACUGAUUCCAAAUUCGGACUCGUUUUUUACUAAAUGUGUUACUAUUUUGUAAUCUAAUCGGAGGUAAAUGUUACACAUGUGUAUUUCAUGGUUUUCAGUUCACGUUUUAUUAAUACCACCAAAGAAAAUGCAAUUUUAGUGUUAAGUGGUUACGUUAAGGUUAAGACUGUAAAUUUAUGUAUUAAUAAAAUUUCGUAACUCA